UGGACGGGGGCAAGUUUUCUAGAAUACUACUGCAUUUCGCUUGUGCCUCUUGUGUGUUAACUGGCUCGAAUAUGAUCCUACUACGGGAGGAGUAUGUACCAACAUGAUAGGGGAGUUAUUUAUGCUGUUAUUAUCACUUACUAUAUGUUCAGGACGCGAGAAAGCAAUUUUGGAGAUAGUUUUGUAUGAACCGAAGGAAAAUGGCGAUUAUCAAGUUACGAGUACGAGGGAACUUCAUGGUUUGUUUACAACUGCAGGACCCACCAUAAGUGCUGAGGGCCCUAUUGUACAGAUGCACCCACUGGGCCUAUGUAACAUGAAUGAUGAUGAUGACUUGCAUGAGUAUGGGUGGGUGGGUGUGGUGAAGUUGGAGGAACCCCAGCUCACCCCUCAACCAUGUAUGUCUGUCUAUCAAAAGGCCAAGCGUGCAAUCAAGAGGGGUGCCACUGCUGUUGUGUUUGAUAUUUCUGAUGAUCCUGGUGCUGCAGAUGAUUUAAAACGUUCAGAGGAGGUUCUCAAGCGUCCCAUCAUUACUAUCAAGGGGAAGGAGGCGAAAAAGUUGAUGAGCAUCGUGGACCACCAAAAAGUCGCCAGGGCACGAAUCGUCCACAAUCCACAAACUGCUGUUGUAGAGACCGUUAGUGCUAAUGAUAGUAAAGCCUAUUUCAACAUUGUGAUCUUCCUGGCAUGUUUUGUACUGCUGUGUAUCAUCUCUCUGCUUAUACUUGUCAAAGUCAAAUGGAGGAACAGAAGUAGACAGCUGUCCGUUUCGGAACUUGCCAAACGAGCUGUGAGCAUGCUCGAAACGCGAAAAUAUAAAGUCUCUGUUGGCCAAAAGUAUCGCCGCUCACCAAGCCAGUGUUCAUCUGUAUAUAGUACCGAAUCAAGCUUUGAAACGUGUGCCAUUUGCCUUGAAGAGUAUCGGGAUGCUCAGGAAUUACGUGUAUUGCCAUGUUCACAUGAAUUCCACCGGAACUGUGUGGAUCCCUGGCUCAUUACGAACAGGACGUGUCCUCUUUGCCUUCUCAAUAUCAUGGAAUAUAUGGAAUUGCCUCAUAGCCCUUCAUGGACGGGACAACAGCAAACUGUCAGCUCGAGUAGUCACUCCCAGAAUUCCUCAGGACGUUCUUCGCAAUCAAAUCAAAACUCUCAAACGCAGUUACCUCCACCUCCAGCACCGCCGUUGUCUGGUAGUUUACCAUCUAGCGUUGUGAAUUAUAGUACGUCAUGUGAGGGAUGCACCCGAAUGCAUCAUAAUCAUUAUAGUAGCUCUAGGGUACCACCUGGUGGUGAUAAUCCGUACCACCUGCCGUCGCACCGGACACACACAUAUCACCAAAGACACAGUGGUCAAAACUCAUCGUCGCAUCGGCGGGAAAGUUAUCCUGGUAGUCAUGGUAACCAUAGUAGUCAUGGUAACCAUGUUAGUCAUAGCAACCAUGGUAAUCGUCCUGGUAAACAUGGCAACAGUGGUAGUCAUGGUAACAAAGGUGCAUUUCCUGAGGAGGAAAAUCUGACAUUCUGUGAUCUUCAAACCUCGGGGGUUAGUCAAAGUAGUAACUUCUCGCUUAGUGCGUACGUGACAAGGGCCGCAUUCCAGAGUUCCCGCCACCAUGUUCACCGGCAGGACAUCCCGCCCAAUAGACAGCAUUUGAAAUCGAAAAAUCGGCAAACUGAUUGUGACAAUAAUGGUGCUUCAGGUAAUAGUCAAAUGUGUGACAAGAAAGUAAACAAUGGGCCUCUUGGUAGCCCAUAUGACCCUAGUCAAUUGGUUGGAAACGAGCUGCAGGACUGUAACAGGCUCAGUGAUACAACAUUAGGAACGAGCAACCAUAGCACUUACGGAAGUUCUGACCAAGUGCCAAGUGACGUUAGUAGUUUUGAUUCUCAGAUAUAUCGUGGAUCAAGGACAAAAAAGUGUAACGCAAAUAGCAAACAGAAUCCAAAUAGCGCGAAAACAUCUGGCAAGUGUCCCAAAACAACUCAGGCAUGUCAACUGGCGAAUAAGAUGGCUCAUGGGCCAUUUAAAAUCCGGUGUAAUGCUAUGCUGCGCGAAUAUCCGUAUUCUUACAUCGAUAAAUCUGAGAGUGUUUGGGUUUUGAGGCAACCUGCAAUGCAAGAGAUGGUGCAUCGGGGUAAGAAUUCAGGAAAAAUACGUGACAAUUCUAGUUCAUUUCGUCAACACUCUAACUUUGGUCAGAAUCAUGAUCGGAAGUGGGGUCCCGAGCCGCGGGUACCUAGACUUCAUCUUGUUUCUAAUCAGGACGAUUUACGUGAUGACAUUGGUAGUGAUUUAUCGAGUAGUUCACUUGGUUCAAUGCAUUCUUCUACCAUAUCUCCGGUUGUGAGUGACGGUUAUCAGUCAUGUGCUUCCGAUGGCGGAAACCAUCCAGAAGGUAUUCCAACAUCUCCGGAAAACGAGAGCCAAUCGUCGACCAUUACUCAGGAAUCGUCAUCGAUAAUGAAGCAUUUCCAUGGUAACCAGGAAAAAUAUGGAACAUUUCAGUACCAGAGUCUUUCACAGAAUGAGGGUUGUGAUGCCGGGAACACGUUACAUAUCGUGGAAUCUGGUUCCGAGGAACAAAAUGUUAAUAAUGCAUUUGGAACAUUGCGCCAUCUGGGAGUCCAGCAUGAAAAAUCAUACAGCUUGGAUAACCAUCCCGAGAAUGACAUUUUACGCCGCAAGGAUAUUUUCACGCCUCGUCGAGAUCUAAGGAGGUCAUUGUCAUGGACGCCAACUGACGGCCAUCAUGAUAGAACUGGUGUCCAUAAUUACCCGACAGUGAAGACACGGAGUCCAAACCAGUGGUCAUGUUCGACUGCCGCCCGAUGGAGUUCAGCCAGUGUUCGAAGGUCAAUGGUCGUUUACUCAGAACCCGAAGGCCAGUAUGUCACCCUUCCCUUGGAAAAGAAUGAGCAGUACGACCCUGAGAGUGUCGUGUGAGAAACUACGUGCAGGAUGACAUUAAUCUGAACGUUCUAAGAGUCUAAACAAGGAUGAUGGGCUGCAGUGGGAUACGAGAAGAACUAUAGGACGAGAUGUCAAAACAUUUUUUGCAGUCAUGGUCGUCAGCAGAAUUGCCUGUAAGUUGGCAAAAGAAAAGGACAAAAUGCAUUGGCCUCUAAAGUUGGUCAAAUUUGUGAUAUUUCUUUUGAUCGAAGUAACUGAAACAAAAUAAUGAGAUCAAAUGUUUUCCAAAUGAGAGUUAGUAUGUUUAACUACAAAAGGUUGUUUAUGAGUGUUGUAAAAUGUGUACUUUGUGCUGUGAGAGGGAAAAGGAAAUCUUCUGCCAGAAAAAAUGAAGAUAACAAUGCAAAUACCAUAUUGAAAUGAAAGAUUAUCAAUUGGCAUUUUCUGGUGCUCGAUACAUGUAAGUAAUAUUGACAUGAUACAUGAAAUGCAUUGGAAGUCCUUUGAGAAUAUUUCGUCAGAAGAUGGUUGUUUUUGUAAUUUUGCUACUAUGUAGCAUUGGUUGUGUCUUGCGGCUUUGACCUUUGGAGUCGAUAGCCUGGUGAAGAUUCAAAGAUAUUGGAAAAGGUGUGUGUGUAAAAGUGGCUUACCGGGUUCUUGCACGCACCCUCGCACUUGUGAAUUUACUCAAUGAAUUGGAAAAAUACCAGUGAUUCCAUGUAGAUAUUGAAAGGUUUAAACCAUUUCGAGAUUCAUUGAUUCCAAAUUGCACAUCUUAUAAUGCCUUCGAUUCUUCCUAUUGAGCAAAGUUGGUUUUGCUUCUUGAUGUAAAUUAAUGAGAUAUAUUCUGUAUUAUAUAUAAAGACGUAUGUAAAUAGAAAUUAUUCACUUGUUAUAUCAAAAAUGCAUUUAUUAAGUUUCGUUCCUGUACAUUGCUUCCAUCCAGUAUAAACAGUAUAUGAAUGUUCAAAGUAAGUUAAAUUGUUGUCACAGUUGAUGGUGCAAAGUAUGCAAUUUCAAUCUAGUUUGUGACAAUGUGUAAUGCAUGCACGGGGACCCUGACGAUUUGAAUUUGGUACCACUUAGAAGGUUAGUGGCUCCUGACCAGUUUUACAGUAUUCCAUGAGCCAUUUACUCGUUUAUUUGAGGCGUAUGGUAAUUUUGGUGAGGAGCAGGGGCCUAAUGCUAUUGUCCGUUUAGUAGCUCACUUGAGUUCUUUAAGGCUAGGUAUUCAUAGCUGUUCCCUUGAGAACUCGUGGACUUGUGGUGUUGCCAGGGCAUGUCCCUGGUUCAACCAAUUGGAACAUCGAAGCCAAAGAAAGGUUCACCUUGCUUGUGGUGCGUUACAAGGUCACAGGCAGACAGUCUGUCGAUACGCAGCCUUGGUUGUGACAGUCAUUGGUCUGUAGGAAAGCAUUGCAAAAACAGUAAGAAACUUCAUGCCCAUAUUCUUCCUUCAAAUUUGGCCCAGGAAGUUAAAUUUUGUUGCUUCUGCCUUCCGAGCAUAUUGCCACAUACAACUCUGUGUAUAGUCAGUCCAAUGAACUAGUCUGAAAAUAUAACAAAAUAGGUAGAAAUUAUCAUAAGUUGCCCAAGUCUGUCAUCUACAUGUUUGUCGGGGCAAUAAAGAAAUAAUACUGUUUGUUGCAAAGAGUUAACAUUCGGUCAGUGUUGAGUAUACGGCCAUGUUUGUUCGUGUACUUGGAUGUCUACUGUGUAUGUAUGUCAAUAAUUGUUGAUUAAUCCCAGUGUGUCUUCGAAUUAUUGCAACUAAAGGUGCAUUGUUACAUACUGCACACCCAAAUAUGUCAGCUGCUUUUGUGUUCAAAGGUAUUUGUCAUUUAGAAAUUUGUGCAAGAAAACGGAAUUGUAUUGGCUGAAUCAAAUUAUGAAAACAUAUUUGGGUUUGACAGUAUUUUUGCUGUCAUAAGCUUAUGUCUCAUGCUGCUGAUUUUAAAGACAUUCUGUUGAGAUGACGUGGUUACCCGUCAUUGACAAGGUUAGUUAUAAAUUGGGUGCUAACAAAAUGUUACUGGAGACGAAAAUGCUCUUUUAACCCCUUUAUGUUUAAUUUCCCGAUUCAUCCAUGAUUAGUUCAAUAUUCAGAUUAUUCAAGCAAAACAGUUGGAAUAUAAAAAGUGUUAUAGAAUCUCAGUGCAAACCGCAAAAUGUUAUAAAAUUAUAUGACUCGCCGAAUAGAAUAUAUUACGCAAUCGGCAAUGUGAACCGUACAGUAUAACAAUGGAUGGAUUACUAUGUAAAUAAAACAGAUGAUGAGAGAACAAUGUAGUCUUCAGAUGUCAACAACUGGUAUGGUUUGUUACAAUAGACCAACAUCAGUGCUCUAGCAAAGCUACUGACGCUAUCUGGCUGGCAGUCAACAAUAUUUUGUCUCUUUAUUUGCUGUAGAACUUUAUUUUUUGUGGAAAUGUAAAUGUCUACUUCUUAAGAUGAGACUUAAGAUUUUUUUACCUUGGACAUGUUCUUAUUAAAACUAAACGUUUCUUCAGGGCAGUAUUCAUUAAGACUUAUUUUUAUACGUUUUUAAGAUUUUUCUACUUGUUUAUUUGAUGCUUCCCUAUUUUUCACUGCCUCAGUGUUGUGACAGUUGACAGAAUUCAAUGUAGAAAUGACGAGUUCGGAUGCAAAAGGCACUAUAAAUACCAUUAAAAAAUGAGACAAUCGAGGUAAAAUGAAGCUGACAGUAUUAACUGGAAUCUACAUACCUAUUACAAUUUCAAUGCAAAACUUGCAAAAUCCAAUCAAAAAUCAUGCAAAAACCAUUAAAGACACUGCAGAAAAGUUGAAUUUACUCGAGAAAACCUGAAGUGGAUUGUGAUUUUUGCUUCUUAACUCUUCAAAUUGUAUGAAAAUCAAAAUUUACGGUGAUAAUCAAAUCUAUUGUAUUUAUGAAUAUUUAUGUCAUAUAUCCAAAGCUGUUUUCAAGAUGAUGUCUUGUUUAUACACGUUCUCAUUGUUCUGUCAUUAAGGUAUGGUCGGCUAAGGAUGCUAUAGGCCUGCACUGUCUAAAUAACUUCCAAAUAUAAGUGCUGGGACUGGUUCUUAUUCUUCAUGUUAAGGUGCACUAUUACUGAACAGUGAUUCAUGGGGGAGGGAUAUAUUGCUUCUCAUAGAUGCACUGGUUUUUCACCAAAUCCUGAUAAGACUAUUCGCUGGACUUUUUAGUAACAGGAGGAAAGUGAAAUUAUUGUCUUUUUUGACUAUGAUACUAUUCCAAGCAAGGUCUUUACUUCUAAUGCAAAUGUGAAAAGUUUCAUUCCUUCAGGUAAUUAUGAAGAGACCUUGAUUUUCUUACAGCAUUUUGUUGGGACGGGGGAAAUUUUUUGUGAUCCGAAGUACUUAGUAUUAUCAAGUAUCCAUUCUUGGUAUAAUAAAGGAAAGGAUAUCGCCAAAACACUGAAUGGUUGUACUCCCGUGCUUGGUUGUACGUACAUGUAUAAAUUGUUAUUGCAUACUUGUUUGCCUUAAUUUGGCUGAUGCGAGUUGAAUCGAGGUGUCAAUGAAAGGAGAAUCAAAAGCUGUACAAAGCAAUUAUUAAAUUAAGAUUGUAAAUUCACUCAGGAUUUUAUCAUGAA